AUGGCUUACAACCCAAUAGACCCCGCAAAUCUCUACAGCGUGCACGGCCAGAUUGCAGUCGUCACUGGAGGCGGCACUGGUAUCGGUCUCCUCAUCGCCACCUCCCUUGAGCACAAUGGCGCGACUGUCUAUAUCGUAGGCCGCAGACUCGAUGUCCUCCAAAACGCUGCUCGCGAUAACAACAAAUACGGCAACAUCCUCCCCCUCCAGGGUGACAUCACCUCCCGCGACUCCCUCCUCUCCAUGGUCGAAACUCUCCGCACAAACCACGGCUACAUCGACCUCCUCGUCAACAACGCCGGUAUAUCCCGCAACAUCCUCCCCCGCCGCUUCCCUUCUCCCUCCGAUCCCUCCGCUCAUCCCAAGGACUCCACACACGCCCCUUCCAUAAAGGCCUUCCAGAGCAUGCUCUGGGAUACGGCCGAUCCCCUCGGCUUUUCAGAGACCUUUCAGACUAACGUCUCCGCUGUCUACCUCGCCACAGUCGCCUUUCUCGAGCUCUUACACCUUGGAAACCUUCGUCUCAUCACCAUCUCCUCCUCCGGCUCUUUCAGACUCGACGCGCGCGUCCUCAGCGUCUCCUACACCCUCGCAAAGAGCGCGUGUACCCACCUCGGCAGGCUGCUCGCGAACCUGUUGGCGGAGUGGGGGGUGAGGAGUAAUGUGCUGGCGCCGGGGGUGUGGCCGAGCGAGAUGACGGCCACGCAACACUUUACGCCCUCCGUCCUCGCUGCCAGCACCCCCAUGGGGCGCGCAGGCACGCUGACGGAUAUGGCGGGGCCCAUCCUUUUUCUCGCGAGUCGUGCUGGGGCGUAUGUGAACGGCGCGGUGUGGUUGGUGGAUGGGGGCAGGGUGGGGAGUGUGGCUAGUUCGUAUUAG